AUGGGCUGCUGUGGAUGUUCCGGAGGCUGCGGCUCCAGCUGUGGAGGCUGUGGCUCCAGCUGUGGGGGCUGCGGCUCCAGCUGCUGUGUGCCCGUCUGCUGCUGCAAGCCCGUGUGCUGCUGUGUGCCAGUCUGUUCCUGCUCCAGCUGUGUCCAGCUGCUGCAAGCCCUGCUGCUCCCAGUCCAGCUGCUGUGUCCCUGUGUGCUCCCAGUCCAGCUGCUGCAAGCCCUGCUGCUCCCAGUCCAGCUGCUGUGUCCCUGUGUGCUCCCAGUCCAGCUGCUGCAAGCCCUGCUGCUCCCAGUCCAGCUGCUGUGUCCCUGUGUGCUGCCAGUAGAAGAUCUGAGGCUCUGGCCACAGACCUCAGAUGGCUGGUACUGGCAAAGUGCCCGGUUCUCAGACCCCUCCCGUUUCUCCACCUGUCACGAUGGCCUGUGGGUUGUGGGCUCCACGAGCCGCCCCUGGGCUGGCCCCACAUCCCACAUGCACGACGCCGGGCAGGCGGCUCAGCAGGCCCAGACCAUCGUGUCUCCUUGCACCAGCCUCUCUCUCCCGUCUUGGGGCUCCAGGGUGAACGCCCAGCACAGCACACGGCUGCAUGUCCUUGGGCACAACCUGUGCUGGAUCCUGACCUUCACGCUGCUCUUUGUCCCAGUGCGUGAGAUCUCAGAGGGCGUCCUUUCGGAUGUGGUGACCGAGUCCUGCCCUCUCCCCCUAUACGUGCCAGCUGGGAUGGUGUUUGUGGCUGCUGUCACCUCCACGGACUGCUACCACGACGUCGAGACCUUCAAUUUCCACAGGCUGCUGGUGGCCCCUCCAGCCUACUGGACCCGGGCCUUUACCUCCAAGACCACAAGUCUGUCAAGUUCUCCCAGCACACCAUCAGCUUCUCACAGCUCCACUGCUGCCCUGCAGGCUGCUGGUGAUCCUCUACGGGAUGCUGCUCCUUGUGGAGCUCCCUGUCAUCCAGGUGAGGGGACAUGUCUUCUUCAAGAAGCCAAGGGAGGGGAAGACCCCAAGGACCUGCAGGACAUGGGGGUGCACUUCCUGCAGCCUUUCGUGAACCUUCUGUCUAAGGGCUUGAUGGAUGCCUGCACCGAGAUGGGUGGAUGGACGCCUGAACAAAGACGGGUAGAUGGACGCCUGCACCAAGACUGGCGGAUGGACUCCAGCACCAAG